AUGUUCAUCCCCUAUCGCGGACCUUCAAAGAAGAAAGACACCAACACGCGACGAGCAAUCAAUGCGUUCGUGGCAACGGAGGCGAGCACCAGACGGCGCAAGCAAAGGGGAGAAGAGCCUGAGCACCGAGGGAGGCAGGUGACCCUGCAGUGGCUCCAGAUUCCGAAUCGUCCUGAUUCACAGGAGCCAAUAAUUGACGAAAGGGACGAGUCUCGGGAAGAUGAUCGCAAGGCACAAAGGAAGCCGUGGACACAAGCGAUGGUUGUUUCCACACCUGUUGGGGCCGGCAAGUUCUACCCAUUCGGGGGAUUCUCCUCAAAAGGCCCUUUGACUGCGCGUGCUCUGAGCUAUUAUUUCGACAUCCUUCUCCCUCACGACGCAAACGCUCUUGGACUGGGAGAAGUGGCACGAGAUCAUUCAGCCGCGGACUCCUCUAUCUGGAAUGUCAGGAUGUUACCAGCAACACCAGUCGUGUCAUCAUGUACCAUCGGAACAAGGUCCUGCUGGAUCUACACAGCCGCCUGUCCAGGCAGCAAGGUGGACGACGUCUUAUUACAAGGGAUGGCUCUGCUGAUCUGGGUGGAUGACUAUCUCGGGCAUUAUGAGUUUGGUCCUGUCCAUCUGAACGGUGUGCGAGAGGUGGUCAAGCUCCAUGGAGGGUUCGACGCUGUCGGAAGCUCCGACGAGAAUUCAUUUGGAAGGAGCCUUCGCAUGAGUCUGCUUGUAAUCCAGAGUAUGGUCGAGUUUCACGUCCAAACAGCAAUCAUAAAUGGCCCAACUUUGCUUGCAAACUGGGAGCUGGGUUAUCCUCUGCCGGUGUCGGGGGAUGCAGCUCAGGAUCUGCCGGGCUUUCGCGAUCUGGCCCGUCACCGCUAUCUGUCAGAAGAGGCGAUUGGAAUUGUCAGGGAUUUUUCGCACUGGCUUACCAGAAGUCAAGAAAGCGAGUCUACAGUCCGACAAACGUGGCGCUGCUCUAUGUCCUGCGACUUAAAUAACCUUGAGAAGUGCAUAUGUGUCACCCUGGCAUGUCUCGCCGACGACCUCAGCGCUAUGGGGACUCAUCCGGCAGCGUUGAUUUUUCGGAAGCCUCAGCGAGGUGCUGAGGUAUCAGCAGCCAUUGCAGAGGUGUAG